AUGGCGUCAGUUGUUUUCAUUAUACGUGUACCGUACCACGAGGAAAAUAGUAAAAGCUUAAAAAGUGAAGGGGACAAUGAACCUGUAAGCUCAGAAGGGAAUAAAGAAGAGGAUAUCAAACGACCAACUGAUGAUGAAAAUGUCAAAGGGGUCAAAUUUGACAUUAGUGAGAAUAAAACAGAUAUAAAGGCUUCGGAUCAGAACCAGGCUGAAUUAUAUGGUGAUACUAGUGAGGCAAAUCAGACUCCAGAUGAUGUGGAAAUGUUUACUGGUCCUCUGAAUUUAGCGAAGGUAUAGGAUUUUCAGAAUGUGUGUGUGUCAUUAUAGUUUAAGACAUUUUAUUGUUACUGCAUGAAAUAUCAACUCUUCAAACAGAUAUAAGGGCCUGUUUAAAUGGAGGUAGGGUGACCCUAUCAGGAGGGUUACCCUAGCAAGCGGGGCAGAAAAUAGCAAGCGUUUACAUGAGGUAGGGUGACAUUAGACUAGGGUGGCCCGCUUGCUAGGGUAACCUUCCUGAUAGGGUCACCCUACUUCCAUUUAAACAGGCCCUUAAUAUAUGAAUAAUAUCACUGUGGUGGGAAUUGAAUUCACUACCAGUCUACCAUCGGUUUGCUAGGUCAAUGGUACCAACUGAGCUACGAAGACAAGUUGGUGUGAGUAGGUGAUAUUUCGAAACUGAGUUUAUUUCCUUCGUUAUCAGUAUAUCUUAUGAUCCAUAUUUAUAACACCAGGUGCCUAUGGCUCUCAGAUAGCUGGACUGGGAAAUAGCAUGUGCAGGGCACACUUCCAUACAAAUUAACCCGAAGACUCCUAAAUUAGGACCUAUUUCUUACUGGGUAUCAAAAUAUCAAGGCUGCAAGCCUGCAAUCACAGAUGCACCUGCAAGUUGUAAGUUAUAUUGUCAUAAUUUUUUUAUAUAUAUUAUAAAGGUCUUACAAAAUGAGUUGAGUUCACUAAAUGUUGAAGGUGACUCAUGGACAGUCACAAAUGACAAGCAGUUUUAUCAGGUAUAUAAUGUUAAUUUAUCAUCUAUCAGACUUAAUAACGUUUUUCUAAGAACAAAAUGUAUGGUAAUUAAUUACAUAAGCUCUGAAUUAUAAGGUGGUAUUCUUGGAAAAGACUGGUGAAAGAGUUGAGAAAAUUUUGGCGAGAUUAACACAUGUUGGCAUUGGCAAGAGACCAAAAUCAUCAGUAAGGUAUUAUGUGAAAAAAUUCCAAAAAAAAUGUAAUUCACCACCACAAGAAAAAUAUGACCCUUUUCCUUCUACCCCCUGAAAAAAUAGAUCACUCUAAUAUUUGAUCCAAUAUGAGUGUAGCUCUCAUAAUUAGAACCUGUAGGCUUUUAUGAAUAAAAAGUCUCCAUUAAUGCUUGUUGAAUCCCAUACCAGCUUCAUUUUUAUAAAAUAGCUUACUAAGGGUGCACCCCCUCUGAAAUGGUAUGCACAGCUUCCCUCUACCAAUCAAACCAUAAAACUUGCAGCUGAAACAAGGAUGCACCUCUAGGAAAAAUCUUCACCCACCCCCAAAAAUUCAGAAAGAGUCAACAAAAUCAACAUUUUGUGAGCAGCUACAGUGGUGGCACAAGGGGGUAUUUCACACCUUCCCUGGAAAAUAUCCACCCCCCUCUCCCCCUCUGAAAAAACCAACAUUCAAAAGAUGCACCAUUAACAAUUAGCACCCAUCCCGGCAUCCUGUCUAAAUUCUGUUCUCAAUCUGACCCUUAACCAGGGCCGGCACUUGAGGGAGUGUUGGGGUGGAACACCCCCCAGUCAUGAGGUAGUCAGCAAAAUAUUGAAUCGGCAAAAUGUGGAUUUGGAUAGGAAGGAAAAAUAAAAUAAUUGAGUGACACCGAUUUCGGACGAUAAGAAUGAUAGCUAAAAUGGGAAGAAAUUUAUGAAAAAAUUAGGGAAAAAUGGAAUGAACAACAGUGGUUAUUAUAAAUGCAAGAUGGACAAAUAUGUUAUCUGGAAAAUUUGUUUUGAUGUUGUGCCCCCACCACCCCUGCUCGCUAACAAUUUUGAGAAAACAAAUAUUAAUUAGUGGUUGUAGUGAUCGACUUGGCAAAAUUUGCCUUGAUAACUCAGCAAAAUUCACUUAACCCCCUCCCCCAUUUGAAGAAGUCUUCCGCCGCCCCUGCCCUCACCCCUCUUUUCCAAGAUUCACUCAACUCCUCAUUGUUGAUGUCAUCAUUUUAAGUGACUCUAUGUUUUAGCAUCAUUCCCACAUCUGUCCACAUUCAACCUCGAGGAAAUGAAAGUAAAAGGGCUUCAAGAUGUGAAAGUACUCUCACUACACAAUCUGAAAAUGAACCAUUACUUAGUUUGUAAGUUUAAUUUGCAUUUGAUAAAUUGUUCGUACUUUUUCAAAACUGAAAUCACUGUUGCUGUGACAUUCUUUUUCGUAAAAUCGUUACAGUGAGAAGGAGUCUAUCAAAGACCAAUUCAAAAAGUCAAUAAAAUCAAGAUUGACAGUAGAACAAGUAAGCGGUUACUUUUCUGACUUAAUUAGAUAAGCUAUCUUAUUGAUUCUCUGAACAUUCUGCACUAUAGUACUGUCGUAAUUCUACUAUUGAACUUAAUAACUUAAUUAAUUUAUUGCAAUUAUUUAGGUUGUGGAAAGUGUAAGAAUGCAGGCACAUUUAACGUUUGAUUUUGUGAUGUUUACCGUCCUAGCCAGGUGAGAGUUUCCCAAAAUUAGUCACAAAUCUCAAACGUGGAUGCCAUCGUUUGUAUCUGAGUGAGCUACAUAUCCCUAGAAGAUUAGAAACAGUUUUCAUGUGAAAAUGAUUGCAUUUACUAGCUACAACAGCACUACGUUAUUAUACUUAUUAUGCAGAAUAUAUUCAUUGUGUUUUCUUAGUACAGUUUGAUAGCUGCAGUUGGUUUAGUCGAGGACAAUGCUGUGGUAUUGGUUGCCAGUAUGCUGGUAUCACCACUUAUGGUAUAUUUGUUUUCGUUAUUUAUCUUUCCCUGUUUGGUUGUUUCAUUUUCUAGAAAUUUACUGCUAGUAAUGUUAUAUGUACUAGUAAUUUUUUAACCUCAAAGCUAUCUUAUGGCCGUUUUGAACAAAGCUGUUGUACUACAGGUAGCUAUUGCUGCAACGCGUAACAAAACGACGUAACAUUCUUAUAAAUUGGUGUCGCAAUUAAAAAUUGCGUUCGUAUUGCGAUUGCAGAAAAUGUUAAAUGACGCACGACAAAUUGUUGCAUCUAACUCCCCCACUCCAACUUGCCUCGCAUUUUUUUGGAAAUUAACUAAAUUGCAAAACGGGCUAAUAGCCUAGACAGCCUAAGUAAUGGUUAAAGUUGACUGAAAAAGUAAUAAUUCUGAAUAUAGGGUCCAAUUCUUGGUGGAACAUUUGGUACAGUUAUAAAGAACAAGAGCUUGAGAAAUACAGGACUUAAAACUGAACUCUGUGGUUUAAUGAUUUCAGUAACAGUUGGUACAGUUUGCAAUUAAUUGUGUUUGAUGCUAAAACGAUAGACAUGAUCAUCAAUUUGCAGGGUGUUAGCUACUAAUUAACAGUAAAAAAUUCCGCGUUAAACGUGCUUUUCCCAAUUACCUUCAGGUCGCAAUUUCCCAAUUUGCAGACAUUCCAACUCUCCCGAUUUUACCGGGAGUCUCCCGAAAAUUCAUGCAAUCUCCCGGUCUCCCGAUUUUUAUCAAAUUCUCCCGAUUUUUCAGAAUAUUCAGGAAAUAUCAUAAAAUAUUAUAAAUAUACUGUUUUUAGCCACAUAAUAGUCUGUCUUGACCUUCUUUGAAGUUGCUUUAUGGCAAUUUAUAGGAUCACUUAUAACAACAUAGUCCCAAAAUGCAGGAAACUUAAUUUCAGAAGACUUAAUUUUUAUUAUUUUUUCCCAGAAGAACUAGAUUUCAAUUCACUGAACAAUCUCCCUAAAUUUAACCUCCAGUGGUUGGAAUGUCUGAAUUUGGGUCAGCCAAAAAAUAGUUAUAGAAAUUCAAUGUUGUUAAUACGCCAUUAAAAACAUGUUUAUAACUACAUUUGCUCAAAAUUACUCGCAAAAUGCGGGAAAUACCAUUUCAAAGACACAAAAAUUUUAAAAAUCGAGAGGGGGCAACCGCCCAGAUCCACAAAGAAAUGCCCGGCUUCAGGCUAAAAUAAAUUUCCCAAUUUCAGGUAAACGCGGAUUUAUUUUUACUUCUGCCUAACACCCUGAUUUGAAACAAAAAUAAUUUUAUUUGCAACUUUGUUAGGAUUUCUGUUCGGUUGUGUUUGUGGUCCGUUUGGUGUAAACGGUGCAUCAUGGGAUAGCACGAAGGGUAUUUGGCCUACACAGGAAAUGACUAGCAGGUAUAAAUGCAUACAAACAUUUUAACAAAUACAGUAUUGCAGUCAAGGUUGUCAAACCUCCCCUUAUGGAAACCUCUCUAAGACUGACAUCUUUCCAAAUACAGACAUCUUUCGAAUACAGACAUCUCUCUAAUACAGACAUUUCCUGAAUACGGAUAUUGUAUGAUUAUCACAAUAACACAUUUAUUCGUCUAGGGGUAUGACUCGUAGUUUGUGGGUUGGUGUUUGCAUUGCGUUACCAUCAGGUGCUGGUGUUGCGUUAUCUGUGUUGGGUGGUAACGCUGGUUCUCUGGUGGGUGUGGCAAUAUCCGCCUCAUUGCUGCCUCCUGCAGUUAAUUCUGUAAGUUGGUCGCUGUGGAUUUCAUCUCGGGAUGAACAGUGGCAAAUAAAAUAUUGUUUAACAAAAUCUGAUUUCAACGUAUGUUAAUUAAAAAUGUUUAACAUAAAUUACAAAUCACGAGGCAAUAUGUGUCAACAUUUCUGCUUAACAUGCGUUGAAAUCAGAUUUUGUUGCAAGUUACAGCAAUUUUAUUGCUCGUAUUACUCCAGUUUUACGUUCAUAUAAAACUCAAUGUUUAUCACAAGCAUUUGGACGUUUCAAAAAGUUUGAUGCUAGUUGAACGUGAUUUAGCUUUAUGGACUGAUUGAAUGCACGUGAUAGAUAUGAAAGUUUCACGUGAGAGAAUUUCUGCGAAUGUUUUAUCCUGAUGGGAUGAUAACGACGGUACAUCAAAAGUGAAAUUUUCGGAAAAAUACUUCAAGAAUUGGGGAAUUUUUAAGCAUGAAACAUUAGACUAUUGCGUAUUAAUAUUGAAAUGUCCUCUUUGUAUUUAGGGGAUGUUAUGGGCGUAUUCUAUUAUUUCUGCUAUAAAACCUCCCGAAUUACUGGACAGCGGUGAAUUCAAAACGUCAACGGUAUAACUGAAAUAAAUGAAAUAAAUUAUAAUACAUAUAUAGCAUGAGUGGCCGUGUUGUGUGAUUUGUCUGGAUCAAAACGUUUACAUUUCUUGAAUUAUUUUAAAUACAUGAAUGAUUAUAAGAACUUAAUAUUUGUGCAAGUCAGCAGAAUUUUUGCAUCAGGUGUACAAGCUCCUCCACAGUCGUGAUUUCCUUUGUUCUCGUCAUGAAUGUUAGUAAGAAAUCCAAUUAUGUAUAUAAAGAUUGUCACAACUAUGCAUGCACUAAUUCUAUUUUGUACUUUAAUUCCAUUUUAUCAAAUCAUUUUCAGUUAAAAUGUCCACCGUUCAAAAACAACAGUUACAUGCCUACCUACAGUUGUGACAUGGGAAAAGAAGCGGCUAUUAUGGCGACUAUAAGUUUGGUUUUGACUGUUGUCAAUAUAAUCUGUAUUUUAAUAACUGCUACCGUCGUUUUAAAGGUAAGUGCCAACUUUUCUUCGUAUUUCUUUAUUUUUCUUUUAUCUUUGUCUCGUUGGCGAGUCUCGGCAAGUUUUACAAAGGACAUAGUUGAGACUACUACAUGCAUAUAAUGAAAAGAACUGGCAUUAUUUCCUCACUGGUUGACCACCAUCUGCUGCACGAUAAUGCUUUGUGAAAUCCAUCUAUAACAACAGAUGUUUUAUUUGUUGGCAGAUUAAAGAAGUUGCACCACAAGCGUCUAGCUCUAACGCUACUCAGACAUUCUGGACCAAAGAUAUAAAGGUUGUAAUAUUCUUCAUUCACAAAUAUCUUGAUGUUAUUUGAAUGUUUACUCGUUCUGCCCACCCCUCCAGAACAUUGUUGUCAAAAAUGUGUCCUGACAACAAUUAGUAUCCCAAAGGUCGCGGGUUCGAUUCCCACCGUGGUCAGGCAAACUUUUCAGCCUGCCCGGUGUUGACACAUACUCAGAGUAACAUCAUGCAGAAACAUAUUCACCUGAGUAUACAUAUCAAAAACACACACAAAAAUAUCAUGAACUAAGGAUUAGUUUUUGGUGAGACAGAGAAACCGGAGGACCCGGAGAAAGCCUGCAGAUAAGCAUAGGAGAGAACCAAGUUUUCAAGACCAUGGAAGUUACAAAACCUAAAUCCCUAACCCUAACAGGAAGUGUGCUAAUCACAUAUGCCGCCAUAUUAAUACAUUUUUUUCUUGUAGGUAGCAAGAGAAGCUUACGAAACGGUCAAAGGUGAUCAGGCAACCAGCUUUCUUAAAGAGUGGAAGGCGAGUGUGCUGUUUCAAAAACUGCUCUCUUCGACAUGCAUUAUCUCCGAGGUCCAGUCAACACAUCAUUGCCUAGAUUGCCAAAGUCAACACAUCAUUGCCUAGAUGGACCAAAAUAUGAAUCUCUUUUGCCAUCGUUUUUUUAUAGAAAGUUCAACAGCGUUCAAAAGCAGGCUCACGAAAUUCCCUUCAAGAGAAUGAAGAGUUUCUAGGUAUAAUCGAGGUAAAACAAG